GUCACACUGGAAGUGCACGUUGUUUUUUAUUUGAAAACCCCCACUGAUCUGCAAAUGUUUUGAUAGCUCUACUCUGCAGCAAUGGCGAAUACCUAUUUCGAUGAAUACGAAAACUUGGAGAUCCACGAACUUAUGCUGAAGGAUCGGCCUCGACAAGCCGCCUACUACAGUGCGAUUUUGGGAAAUAAGGAUCUCUUCAAGGACAAGAUCGUAAUGGAUGUAGGUGCCGGCACGGGAAUUCUGUCCGCCUUCUGCGCGAAGGCAGGAGCCCGUUUAGUCUAUGCCGUGGAGGCAUCCAAUGUGGCCACAAAGGUCGCCCUGGAUCUGAUCGAAGACAAUGGGCUGACGAACGUGGUGAAGGUGAUUCAAUCCCGAGUCGAGGAGUUCGUGCUGCCCGCCGAGGCGGACAAGGUGGACAUCAUUGUGUCGGAGUGGAUGGGUUUCUACCUGCUGCACGAGGGCAUGCUGGACUCUGUGCUCCUGGCGCGGGACAAGUUCCUCAAAGAGGGCGGCCUUCUGUUCCCCAGCGAGUGCACCAUUUUCGUGGCACCUUGCUCGGUGCCAUCACUCUUCGACGAUUGGCACAGCGUGGAUGGCAUCAAAAUGGACACCUUCGCCAGCAAACUGCGAGCCCAAAAGUCAGCCAGGCCGGAGAUAACCCACCUGAAUCCACAGGACCUGCUCCACGAGGGCGUCGUCUUUCACUGGAUGAAUCUGCUUGAUGUGCAGUCUACCGAGUUGGACAGCAUCCAGUUCAAAGAGGUGGUGACAGCCCAGAAGGCGGGUAACCACCAGGGCUUCUGCAUUUGGUUCGAUGUGCGAUUCCCUGGCGAAGACUCAGUACUGAGUACCUCGCCUCUCUCGCCGCCAACGCAUUGGAAGCAGUGUGUGGUCGUGCUGCCCGAGGAAUCCUGCGAGAAUCUGGACGAGAAAGCACCCGUGGCCUUUCAAAUCACCAUGAAGCGCAGUGCAGGCGACAUGCGCAAGUACAAUCUGGAGGUGGACUUGCUGGAUCCCAACGUAGAGGAGCACCCGGUGCCAUGCUCCUGCCACAUGACCAAGUGCAUCCUGACGGAAGCACACCUAAAAAUGAUGGACACCUCAUGAGUUCAUGCUGCCUGGCGAACGGGCCAACGAACUGUGGGGAAAUCAAUUUAUUUAACAUGUUUAAUACAAAUACAAUAUAUAUCUCAGUCAAACUUAACGUCUA